CCAAAAUAGUUGAAUAUUGAACUGCGACUAGACAUAGGAGAUUGUUUGUAAUUAUAUGCAAUUGUUCUCACAUGCAUUACGGUUAUUAUUGCAGUGAACAGUCUGCAGAAGUACUGAAAUACCAGCAUAAAUCUAUACAUUUAUAAGUUUAAAAACUUCAAGGAGAAAAUGUGGUACUGAAAUGAAAUUUCAGAAUCAGUAUUGGAAAGCUAGGUGUCAUGGCAUAAAAAGAUUGAGGCAAUUACACAGUGAAGUAAUAAGACCAGAAACAAUUGUAUCAUGGCAUAAUAGAAUUGCUUCGCAGUUUGAAGGAUAACAAAAAGCCGAUAAAUGAUGGAAUAUGAGUACUCUGCUUUUAGAAGAGAGGCAGAUGUACAUAACAGAUGUUGUGGAGGAUGGGUAUGGUGUAUUAAGGAUAUUUGCGGUGUUAUUUGUGCGAUUCUGACAUGGCUGCUGAUUUUGUAUGCAGAGUUUGUUGUAAUGAUGGUAAUGCUACUACCAAGCCCGUACCCAGUCUACAGUACAAUAAAUAUUUUCAUAUUCCAGACGUUUGCAUUCCUGGCAUUUGCGUCACAUUUAAGAGCAAUGUUUACAGACCCAGGUGCGGUGCCAAAAGGAAAUGCAACAAAAGAGAUGAUUCAACAGAUGGGUUUUCGAGAAGGUCAAGUGAUAUUUAAGUGCCCCAAAUGUUGCAGUAUUAAGCCUGAGCGUGCUCAUCACUGUUCAGUAUGCCAGCGAUGCAUUCGAAAAAUGGAUCAUCACUGCCCGUGGGUGAACAACUGUGUUGGUGAGAACAAUCAGAAGUAUUUUGUAUUGUUUACUUUCUACAUUGCAGUGAUCUCAAUCCAUGCAUUGUUCCUGUCAGUGAACCAGUUCAUUAUGUGCAUACGUCAUGAAUGGAAGGAAUGCUCCACAUAUUCUCCACCAGCAACUGUAGUCUUGUUGCUUUUUCUAGUAUUUGAGGCUCUUCUUUUUGCCAUUUUCACAGCUGUUAUGCUUGGAACACAGCUCCAGGCUAUAUGGAAUGAUGAAACGGGAAUUGAGCAGCUGAAGAAAGAAGAGGCCCGCUGGGUGAAGAACUCUCGAUGGAAGAGUAUUCAAGCAGUAUUUGGACGAUUUUCUCUUGCGUGGUUUUCACCUUUCACACGCCCACCAUCUAAAUCCAAACUUGAAAAUUACCUGUAUUCAGUGUAAAGGAACUGUAAUAUAUUCUUAGUAGGAUGUAACCUCUCUUUAAUACCACGUGUACUUUGGUGAAGAUCGUAAGGACUUAUUUUUGGUGAUUAUGCGUAGGUUCCUGGCAUUGCUAACAUAGGUCACUAUGUUGCAUGGGUAAUUGUAGCUACUGUAAGCCAGCCCAGAAAAUUUUCAUGCACAAAACAGUUCUCAUUAUUUUCUGUGAGUCUAAAUUUCCUUUGUUAAUGUGAGGCUAUUUGUGAUUCCACUUGCUUGCUUGGAUCAUUGUUAAUGUUAACUAAACUCACUGAUGAUUUUAUAUAUAAAGACCAGUUUUGUUUAAGAUUUAUGCAUUUCUGUUGUCAGUCUCUUGAAGCAUGUUACUUUAUGGCUAUGCAUUACAUUCCUGUUGGUACUGUAACCAGCAUUAUAACAAGGCUUGCUUUGUUUGUAUUGUACUGUGACAGUUCAUAAUGACCUUUAACCUGAAGAUGACCUGUCUUGUCUCCUGUUAUAGUUUCGUAUAGGGUGUAAUCACCAGAAACUUGGAUGCCUGCGCACAAAGUUCCACAAAGCCAUGUUACAGUUGAUGCCAUUUAGAAAUAAAACAUAAGCAACUUCUUGUAACUUCUUACAAUCACAAUGAUAAACCCUUUUCUUGAACAAUCACACAGUGUCAGUCUCAAUCACAGACGCAGGAUCCUGUCAUCAUAUCACAAAAUGCAAUGUAAUUGUGCCUUAUAGACAUUUUUGGUUUAGAGUAAAAGAUUUAAUAUAACAUUACACUAAUUUCCUCUCAUGUUCUAAAGGCCGCAUCUGUAACCGUUACUAGAUUAGUAAUGUAAAUAAGAGUGAAGGCACUUACUUACAGCAUCUAUUGACAUUCUCUGCACUCAUAAAAUUUUUCUUAUUUCUCAAAAUACUUCUGAAAAGAAGUCUGUAGAAUAAGUGUUUGUUUUAAGUACAUAAGGAAGUCAAAAUUUAUCCCCACUCUUGUUUUUCCAAUUUAUAUACACAAAAGUAGGCGUUGAACAAGUACGUCAGUUUUCCUCUCUUUUCGAUGCCCUUGGUCCAGCGGUCAACAAGCUUGCAUAUUCCCUCCAAGAAGAAGGUCUUCGGUUGGUCGCACAACCAUUUAUGCACCGCUUCCCCCACUUCUUUGUCCGUAGAAAAUCGACAACCUCGCAAAGCAUCUUUGA